AUGGACCCUUGGAAAAUCACAAAAAAUCCGGAUGUGCUGAGAGAUUUACUCAGAUGGCAAGGCAACGUUCACAACGGGGCGAUCUCUGGAGCAUUUGCUGAGACCGGUGGGGCGGAGCAGGGCUACGUACUGGCCUCUAACCUAUUCGGACUCAUGUUCUCCGCCACGCUGAUGGGCGCUUACCGUGAGGAACAGCCGGCGAUCGACACCAACCACGGAGCCGAUGGAAGGAUUUUCUACAUUCGCCGUCUGAAAGCAUCUUCAAAGGUAUCGAAGGUCAUCGUCCACGACCUACUGACCGUGGAUGACUGCGCUCUCGACGCCACCUCCGAAGAGGACAUGCAGAGGAGUGUGGGCCAAUUCACCUUUGGUUGCUCCAACUUCGGCCUGAUCAUCAGCGAGGAGAAGAGGACGGUCCUGCACCAGUUGGCGACAAGUAUUGACUACAUCGAACUCUUUAACGAUGUCAGUGGAACUCAUAAUUAUAGCAGACGAGGAAUUUGCAUAACUUGGGAGUACUACUUCAAGAAACAUCAAGAUUGA